AUGGCGCAGCGACGCCGGUCGGGCCAGAGUCGCGCUUUCGAGGUCUGGGGGCUCUUGCAGCCGCUGAAAACGGAGGAAGGAAAGGCGGCUCCCAAGGACGAAGAUGCAGAGAGCGACGAGGACGACGACCCGGACCCGGAGGGUUUCGAAGAUGUUUUCGGUGGCGCGAACCAGCAGCCGCUUCACAGACCAGCGCGCAAGACCCGUAAGGAGCCGGAGGAGGCGCGCGCCUUCGCUGCCUUGCGCGCCUGCCUGCCUGCCUGCGUGGCGCAAGUCCCCGCGGACCCGCUGGACGGGCCUCGCCCUCCUCUUUGCAUUUGAGGAGGCGCUUGGCCAGUCUGGGACUGACUAGCAGUCCGAGGGGCAAGGCUGUGGGACCCGAAACUUGUCUUCACCUAGUGUAGGUGGGAGAAACAGGGAAGCGCCUCUGCAUUAACAGGAAACAAACCCCACGCCUUUUAGGAAUAGAAAUGCUUGGCGUUUGUGUGUCUUUCACUUUUUAAUCCACUUUAGGUGCUAACAUAAGCAGCAGCAGCAGCACCUCGGACUUGCAUGGGCGUCCGAGGAAACUUUUCCUGGUGGUGGGGAGACAAGUAAAAGGCUGAAAAGGGAGUACUGUAGUUGGAAUAGUUCCUGUACAUUUGCCUCAUAUUUCAGGUUCUACAAAUGGUAGAAACUUUUGGGGUUUUUUUAAUGAAAGCUGUGAAUCUAGGGGUCAGGGUGGAAUUGGAGGGGGGCAAUUGCCCACCCAUACUGCUGUGUGAAUGAAUCGCCAGUUAGUUUUACAUUUAACGUUAUUAUGAGAGUGUGGUAUUUCCUGCAUUUCAGUUGCCUCAGACCUUUCUUCACACCCGUUCUUGCCAACUCAUUGUUCCAUCCGUAUGUGCAUCUGCUGAAGUGAAUCCUAGCCCACAAAAGCUGCUGCUGUAAUAAAACUAGUAGCCUUUCAGGUGCCACGGGAUUAUUUGUUUACGUUGCAAAAGACUUAAUUGCUGAUUUGUUAUUUUCCCCCCUGCAGUUCAAGACUGUAAUACUAUAUUUACUUAAAAGAGAGCAAGUCCUAUUCAACUGCAUGGGACUCCCUUUUGCAUAGUCAUGUAUAGCGGUUGCUCUUCUUCCUGAUUUUGCAAAGUGUUUGCCAACAAAUGCAGAACUGAUUCCUUGGCCUGUCUUCAUUUCCUAAUUCCAUUGUUUCUAGUGGGCACUUUGCUUUUGAAAGUGUUUAUUGCAGUUAUCUCCCACUCUUUUCUCAAAGGAGCUCAAAGUGGCAUACUUGGUUCUCCCCAUGUGAAGUACGUUAGGCCAAGAGGUAUCAGGUGGCCCAAGGCACUCAGUGAGUUAGAUGUCUUACGUUCAGCUUGCACUAAUGCUGCCUUGGAAGGAGCAGUUGGGGACUCUGUGAGAUCUGGGUUCAAAUUUCUUGCUGUUAAGGCUCUACCUAAGCAGUGAGAGUAAUGAUUAAUGGUUCUCUCUGUACUCAUUUUGUCCACGCAACAACCCUGUGAGGUAAAUAUGGCUGAGAGGUAGUGACUAGCCCAAGGUCAUAUCAUGAGCUUCAUGGCUUUAUUUCCUGGGGUAAAAUCCUAAAAAAACCUUAACAGCUUCAAUCCUAAGAAAAGCUCAACAACUUUGGGGUAAAAUAAAUUAAAAAAGCUCAACAACUUCAAUCCUAAGAAAAGGUCAACUUUGGUUGGCCCUUUGGUCAGCCCCCAUGGCCCUUCACUUCAUCAAACCUGGUCCUCUUUGAAAAAAGUUUGGACACCACUGGGAUAAGUCCAACACUAAACAUUACACCAUACUGUAGUUCAAGUGUACCUUUCACUCAAGUGUGGUACGUACAUACAUACAUUCCUUUUCAUGAAGAAAGCACAAUCCAUACAACAUUAAAUAGUUGUUUGGGAUGUGCGUGGAAGUAGCCUUGAACUUUCAUAUGUUUCUAGUUACUCAGGGCUCUACACAGCUGGCCUUUGUGGUAAACACAAACUGUAGAACUGUUUUUUGGUGAGCAACAAUCUAGGGGAGAUUGUUUAUGAAAACAGACUAUUGUACAUCUUUUAAAAGCAAGCCAAGAUCUGAAUCUGUAUUUCGACCCUGGCUUCUAACAAGCCUCAGUUCCUAGAGUUCUGAAGUAACCAGGAACAUGGUUUGCUUAAAGAUGAGUGUUUUGCAUUUCCAUGUGAGGAGAGGAAGAGCAUAUGAGCCUGAGACCCAUCUAGGCUUGUUCGUAUACAGUCGUACCUUGGUUUUCAAACAGCUUAGUUCUUGAACGUUUUGGCUCCCAAAUGCCACAAACCUGGAAGUUUGCAAACUAUUUUUGGAAGCCGAAUGUCUGACGGGGCUUCUGCGACUUUGAUUGGCUGUAGGAGCUUCCUGCAGCCGAUCAGAGGCCGUGCUUUGGUUUUUGAACGUUUUGGAAGUCAAACGGACUUCCGGAACGGAUUCCGUUUGACUUCCAAGGUACAACUGUAAUGGGAAACCAUGAUUUCAGGUUUUUCUGAGUUGGUCCUAUAUGUGAGAAAAGUGGAAGUCAGAUAUUAAGAGAAUAAUUGUGUUUACCCUGUAAUUUUGCCUCAUGUAUUUGAAAGGUUACUUCUUGCAAAACUAAUUGCCCUUUUAUGCACAAAUCUUUUCUGCAUUACAACAAUUAUUGGUGGAACCUGGGUAUUCUAGGAAAGCCUAUAUCUGAGCAGACCACCCCCAUGCCAUAUCAUUGACUGUUUUUUUAAAAACCCUCUAGAAAGAAUAUUGUACCAGCACAUUUGACUAUUGUACUGACAAUCCUUUUUUAAACCGUUUCAGUUAUAAUUCAGGAGGAAGCAUCCCAAAAGACAUACGAAGUGACUGGACGGUUUCCAUUGGUUGAUCCCUGGUGGAAAGUGAAUGCCAAACUUACGCGGUCUCAUUCAAAGUACUAUAUGAAGAGCUACCCAUCUUAUUUUCUGCAGCCUGAAGCAGGGAAAGAUAUUAUUUCACUGUUCUUUAGAGCAUGUGAUGUCCCACCAUUAUUUAAAGAUGCAUUCUUUGAAUGGUUUCCUAAAGAGUCUUCUCUAAACUUUGCACAUCUUGAAAAAACACUGAAACAGUUUCAGGAGUCAAAACUUCAGGAAGGAGCGAUAUCUACAAAUACCCAAAGUCAAACUUGUACAGAUACCAAAAACUUUAACAUUUUUCAUUAUGUUAAGGAGUCAUGUAAGUAUAACUAUGUAAUACUCAAUUGUUUCUUAUUAUAGUGGCUACUUCACUGUUCUUAACUUUAUAUGGAAAUCAGAUAGGAAUUCAGGUUUUUUAAUAUGUUUAUAAAGUGGUAGUGAUAGACUUCAGUAUCAUUCUUCAAACUUUUCUUUUUUUAAAGGAAGUAUUUUUAUGUUAAGAUCUAAGUGUAGGCCUAAGAAGCAAUAGCUACAAACUGGCCAUUACCACAUUUAGGUUAGCUAUAAGGAAAACAAUGUUUUGUAACAAUUUCAAACAUUAUAUCAAAGGCUAAGGAAGCUGUGUUUGUCCAUAAGGAAAAACAAUCCAGAAUCUAUGGUUGGGCAAGAUGAUUUUUCUCUCAGCUGGGGGUGGGGCCAAUACUUUUUAAGGGUUGCAUUCCUUUCCAUCAUUUGCUCAGCGGCAGUGUUAGAAACUCAGAUAUAUAAACUAGGUGCCAAAUGGCCCCUUAAACCAAGGUCACAGUCACCAAAACAGAAUGUCUAGUUGCCAUUUUGGGGGCAAGACAGCUCUAAAGCCUUUGUUUUCCAAAUAAUGGACUGACGGUGAUUGAUUGUAAGUUAAACAACCUGGCUAGUUCAGAUGACGACCUUGAGCCUAGUCAUUUAGGGCUUUAAAAGGUCAGCACCAAGACUGUGCUGUGCUCAGAAACAUACUGGGCUGCCAAUGUAGAUCUUUUAGGACUGGUAUUAUAUGGUCCCAGUGGCCGCUCCCAGUCACCAGUCUGGCAGGUGUGUCCUGGAUUAGUUGUAGUUUUAUUACUUUAAAGGAAUUUUAAAAUAAUAAUAUUUUAGAAAAUUAUUAUUACUUUAAAGGAAGUGUAAGUGCAUGCCUUUGGAUACACUUCAGUAGCAUGGUCACACUAUGCUGGCUAUUCCUAUAUUUACAUUCAGAACAUACCAGGCACGCACAAAGAAUGAGUGAAACUCUGCUCAUAACUACUCUUGAGUUUUCAGGAGCCACAACUCUGUUAUACUGGCUUGUUGAGUGACUGUAUUCAGAUUCCCUGUGCUAAAAUUGGCUUGGUUCAGAUAUAAACUGCCUUGGCUUAUUAAAUUGAGAAACGCAUGCACCUGUGCCUUCUGUCAUUUUGUUGGCCUUCCCUCUUCCUUUCUCGGCACACAGCAGUUAAGGACUCCCUGGAUUAAUUAAACAAAAGUUUCCCGUUGCGUCUUGAACCAAGAAACGGUAGUUCCCAGGUUUAGAACAAACUUGGAUCUGAAACAGUGUCAAAGUGCUGUUUCAGAUCCUGCUUUGUUCCAAGCCUAAUCACUACAAUUUCACAAUUUUGGCUAUUUUUAGUUAACCCUGGGAGUUUUGAAUUGCAUCAUGCUAAUGUAGAAGGAGGCAAUGCAAGAACUCAGUGUGAGGGCGCACAGGACUUACUUAUAACUUGACUUAACAAGCCAAGAUACUUUACAUUUGAACCAGGAGUUGGCUAAUAUUUUCAAACAGUGUCCCAACUCAUUCAUAAAUAGCAGCAGUUUGUUCUCGCUCUCUCUCGCUCUCUUUCUCUCUUUCAAAGCAGAUGCUGCUUUCUCGGCUUCAGAAAUCUAUGUAAGCUACCACAAAGUAAGAAAUGGAUGACAAAUGUCCACAGGAUGGAUUCAAAGAUGCCUCCAAUGGAGGAAGGGUACCUUUGAUACCAACCCAACGUAUAUGAGAUUGCGGUGUUUGGAACUACUUUCAGUAACUGUACAUGAGGAAUAUUUAUGUAUGCUAAAUUGAACUUGCAGUAAAACAUACUGACUUCGAUUUUUUUAAACAGCAUUUUUUUUGUAUCUUGGUUCCACAGUUGCAGGGAAAGCUGUACUAGUAGCCUUGUCCUUUCCGAUUAUAUUGGAAUUAAUGCCGCUGCUUCUGCCACGAGCUGUUUCUUGUUGCAUUGAAAAGUUGGACUGGAGCAAAAUACACGAUGAAGAUUAUACAUUGACAAUAUUGGAUGAGAUCUUGAGGGAAGAGCCAUGGAAACUUGGAUUCGGAGAAGUAAGAAACUAAUAUUGUUGCCUGGGCAGCCCAGGACCUCCAGACACACGGCUUACCUCAGUACUGCUAACACAGACAUUUGACUUGGGCUCCGUUGUCUCUCAAGACAGAUGGAUGCCAACAAAAAAGCAUAAUAUGAUGGUAGUUCAUUUGAUAAUAGGACUCAGUUUUCCCCCUUAACAACUUAUAACUCAAGUCAGCUGAAUUGUAGUCAUACUGUUCUACAAUAGAUUUUAAAAUGGCUUCAACAAGAUUAGAUGUAAUGGUUUCAUAAGUGUUCUAGAAGAACGCCAUGUACAAAAGCUAGCUUUGGGAUUUUUCCAUGCUUCUGCUGGAAUUUUGGGGCAAGGAUGCACACCUGGUGCUCUCACCAGAUGUUCUCAAGAGACUGCGGAUCUGUGCAUGAACAAAACCACCAUAAGGCGGGUCUCCUUUGUCUCCCUUAGCGGCUGACUUUCCUCCGUUGAAGCGAGCAGCUACAAAGGGAGAGACUGGGUGUUUUCUUCUUUCUGUUGCAUGAACCAAAUACCGAAGCUGUUGGAAGAGCAAAGUUGCCUUCUUCCCUGAAUACAGCUUGGCCUCUCUAAGCAAAGACCUAGUUAACAGGAAAGAGGAAACGAGGUCCUCACUUCAUCUCCCCAUUAUCCUUAUGGCAGAUGCCUCAGUUUCUUUUAGUACAGCUGGGUUGCAUUCUAAUCCAAAGAGAGAGAAGAGGCUUGAUUUGCACCAAUUAUAAAGUUGUUUUAUUUAUUUAUUGAAAAGUUUCAUUAACUGCUUAAUAUUUUCAAAAUCCCUAAUCAGUCUACAAUGCACGCACACAGACACCAAUAUCACUAAAACCCAAACUGCAGCCUAGAACCAAUAAAACAGCAAUAAUAAAAGGCUAUAGAAGCCAAGAAAACAGGAAUUGGGGGAUUCAGACACAUAAAACUGGGUCCAGCUUUAUGAGUCAGGGAAGAAGGGCCUAGAAAAAUGAUGCGUUUUCAAGCUAUAUGAAACAACUGAUGGUUGCUGCUUCACUUAUGGCAGAGGGCAGGGCAUCCCAUAAUAUAGGGGCAAUAGCAGAAAAUGGCCACCCUAUGAUGAUAUGCAGGAUGCAGGGCUACAAGUAGAAUUUCCCCAGGUGAUCUAAGUGAUCUUACAGGUCUGUACAUGGACAUUACAGUCUUUCAGGUAACCUGGUGCCAGGCUGUUCAGGGUUUUAUGUAUUUAACAAUACCUUGAAGGUGGCCCAGUAGCUGAUCGGCAGCCAGUACAGGUCCCUCAGCACAGGUGCAAUAUGUGCACAUCAAGCUGCUUCACUCAGCAACUUGGCUGCAGCAUUCUGCUCCAGCUGCGGCUUCCAGGGAAGCUCCACGCAUAACAUAGCACAUUACGGUAGUCCAACCCUGAGGUUAGUCGUGCAUCAAUCCCGAUGGCCAGGGAAAAAUCAAGUAUGGCAUGCCAGCAUAAGGUGAUAAAGGGCACCGUUUGUCACAGGAGUCACUUGAGAUGGAUCUUGGUGCACCCCCAAAACUAUGCACCUGUUCCUUCAGAGGGAGUGCAACCCUGUCCAAAACAGGGGAACUCCUAGACUUGGGCACUGCUCAUCCGCAGAGUCUCUAUCUCAGGCAUAGGCAAACUGGGCCCUCCAGAUGUUUGGGGACUACAACUCCCAUGAUCCCUAGCUAACAGGACCAGUGGUCAGGGAUGAUGGGAAUUGUAGUCCCCAAACAUCUGGAGGGCCGAGUUUGCCUAUGCCUGCUCUCAGCAGGAUUCAUUUUUGCUUUGUAGGCCUUUCAGCUCACUACUAUACCCAGGUACUAGUUUAGAACAGUGACACCCUCUCCUGAUCCAGGUGUAGCAGCGAAACACAGAUGAGUAUCAUCAUACCGUAUACUUGUGCUAAUGGUAGAAUUGAUGUGGCAAGUCCUGCAGACUUCUUUGGGCUUCCCUGACCAUCUGUACACACAGCUUGUCCUUGGUGUCUGCCACCCUAAUCCCAUCGUUCCUAGCGAGCUUAACAAAGUCCUUGGAGCUGUUCCCAAUCAGUCUUCCUCUUGUUCCUAAGCCUAGCAGCCCUCUGCUCAUUGGGUUUUUUAAUUUCGGUGAAUACUAGUUUUUAGCUGUUGCCGUUCUGUCCCCAGUUGGAAACGAUAGGACUUGUGUAGCAGGGUAUAGAAUUGUAAUCUUAGGGCAGGAUCCAUUACAGUGGUUCUGUUAGUGCAAAGACUUCUGGUUGUGCACCAGAACUUCCCCCUCCCUCCUCUUUCUGUGCCUCCCCUAAAUCUGUUCUGGGUUUUUUCCCCUCCUGCCAACCCUCUGAAGCAGAUGGGAUGGAGUUGGGCAGGAGAGCGAGUCUAUGUACUAAUGGACUACUUUGUUGCAUACCGCUCUUAAUGUUUUGGCCAACAUUGGAAUUGGCUUUUGGAAUUUCUGUUGAACUUGCUUGCUUUGGUUGAAAAUAGUGCACCAAAGCUAAUGGAAGGUUGCAUGCCUUCUAACUUUAUAGAGUACUGUUAAAAAUGCCAUGUGUCAAAAUAACAGGUUUUUGCUUUCUCUGAAAGAUAAUGAAAAGAGAGCUGCAUACUUACUUUGGUGAAGCAUCUUGGAAGACCAUACGCGAGUGCAGACAUAUUCUUGAGAAGAUUCCCGAUUUGCAGAAGAAUGCACUAAUGGUAUAUGAAAAGCUCAAACAGAGCUGUGCAGAAAUGGGACAUACAUAUGAAGAACAGGAUGAACUGACACGUAUGGUAUCAGAGAAUAUGCCCGUGGAACAUGCCUGGGAAUCGAUUAAAUUUAUGAAAGAUGAAAAAAUUGUGGUUACUGAGAAAGAGCUUGUGUUCCUUCCCCAUUUGUUCAAUUCUGAGAAGCAAAUUGCAACUUCUGUACGUGAGCUCAGAAAUAAAACCCCAUGGCGGCUGCGUGCCGAUCCGAAAAGGGUACUUAAUAGAAGUGCACAUGCAACUAACUUGAGAGACGUAUUUGCUAAGAGUGAAAUAAACGAUGAGGAACCUUGCACAGUGGACCAGAAGGAGCCUGGCAAUUCCUCAGAGGUGCAAGAAAACUCUAACCAUGAUUCCGACUUUGAAGAACCCGAGAAGGAAUUGAAACACAAAGUAGAAGUAGAUCCAGAUCAGGAACGUGCUAUAGAACUGAUCUGUUCCAAUCCAGUGACGAUCAUAAGUGGGAAAGGUGGUUGUGGGAAAACAACAAUAGUUACCCACCUUUUCUGCUAUCUAAGUGAGGGAGAAAAUACAGAAGUUAUAAAUGCCUGUAAAGAUUUUGAAGCUGACCUCGAUGCUUCUGAAGAAUGGAAUACUUUCGGCCAUGCUUCCAACAUGAUUCAAUGCAGAAAUGAAUCUUUAAAUGUUUUAUAUACAGCACCAACAGGGAGGGCAGCUUCUCUCUUGUCUGAUAAAACAGGACAACCUGCUUAUACUCUGCAUCAGGUAGGAAUUAUUUUUAAAACCGUUCCAAUAUUCUGGUAGUAUGAUGUUGUUGUUGUUGUUGUUGUUUAGUUGUUUAGUCAUGUCCGACUCUUCGUGACCCCAUGGACCAGAGCACGCCAGGUACUCCUGUCUUCCACUGCCUCCCGCAGUUUGGUCAGACUCAUGUUUGUGGCUUCGAGAACAGUGUCCAACCAUCUCGUCCUCUGUCGUCCCCUUCUCCUUGUGCUCUCAAUCUUUCCCAACAUCAGGGUCUUUUCCAGGGAGUCUUCUCUUCUCAUGAGGUGGCCAAAGUAUUGGAGUUUCAGCUUCAGAAUCUGUCCUUCCAGUGAGCACUCAGGGCUGAUUUCCUUCAGAAUGGAUAGGUUUGAUCUUCUUGCAGUCCAUGGGACUCUCAAGAGUCUCCUCCAGCACCAUAAUUCAAAAGCAUCAAUUCUUCGGCCAUCAGCCUUCUUUAUGGUCCAGCUCUCACUUCCAUACAUCACUACUGGGAAAACCAUGGCUUUUACUAUACGGACCUUUGUUGGCAAGGUGAUGUCUCUGCUUUUUAAGAUGUUGUCUAGAUUUGCCAUCGCCUUUCUCCCAAGGAGCAGGUGUCUUUUAAUUUUGUGACUGCUGUCACCACUGUCUGGUAGUAUAAUCAUAUGCAUUUCAGUUUACUAAUCUGAAUAUUAUAUUUGGCAUUAUUUGAGAGAACUGAAACUAUUGUGAUUCUCUAAAAGCUGCUGUUCUUCACAUCAUUUCCCAAAAAGGCCUUCCAGCUUCAAACCAUGGUUUCCGAUUGUAGUUUGAAGGGCCAAGUGCAAACCAUACUUGCUGCUUUAGACCUCAUAGCAAACUAUAGUCUGAUGCUCAGACACGACUCUGAUGCUCCAAACCAUUCUUUGAAGGAAUGCUAAUUUUAAAUUAUGGAAUUUUUUUUGUUUUUGUUUUUUAGGUUACCUACAGUUUCUCUAAAUGGAGUGAAAGUAAACGCAAUCCAUGGAAAUUUUCUUCAGUAAAUGUCUUGGUUGUAGACGAAGGAAGUAUGGUGCCUGUGAGAAUGCUUAGCAGGGUUUUACAACUCUUGUUGGACCAUGCCCGGCUGGCAAAGAUUAUUAUUCUUGGUAAGUGUAAAGCUUUGGUGAACAAUGAAGACAAAUUCGAAAUGAGCUAUAUCCAUGCAAAAUAAUAUUUAUUUAUUUAUUUAUUUAUUCAUUCAUUCAUUCAUUCAUUCAUUCAUUCACACACAGACACAGAAAGUUCUUGCCAUAUUAAUUUGGACUCCCAACUUGGGGAGAACUAUAAGAGACCGGGGGAGGGGUGGGAAUCCUUACUAAGAAAAUCACACAGUAUCGCUUCUGAGCUGGUACUGCCUUUGCUGUAUUUUAGACCGAAGCAGUUGGGUUGAUGUGUUCUUCUAUAUCACGGUAAACAGCUUUGGAGAGACCUAAGUGUGCGAUAGAGAUGCAAUAAAUAAAAUAAUGAUGACAAUGCAGCUAAUUUCGUUAAAUAUAACUUUGUACUUCGUUUAGGUGAUGUUAGGCAGUUACCCAGCAUUGAGCCUGGUAAUAUGCUGGCCGAUAUUUUUGAGAGCCUUCAGUCAAGGGGCUGGUCUAUAGAACUGAAAACUAAUCACAGGGCUGAGUCACAGUUAAUUGUGGAUAAUGCAACAAGGUAGGGAUUUAUUUUUUUGAAAAUAAAUGUGGGGCUGCUGCCCCUGCUUAUGGCGCUUGCCAACCCCCCACCUUGCUGCCAACCCCCCACAUUUCACCCAAACCUCCCUAUCUCCUCGCGACCUGCCCCAAUCCUAAGAUCCCUGCUGCCUCUACCACUCACAGAAUAGAGGGGAACGAGCCUCUCUCCUCUUUUAGCCACGAUGCUGCCCGCUUCUUCCUGUUGGUGAAGGGGAGAAAGACUGCUGCCUCUUUGUCCCCCUCUGUUUUGUGAGCAGCAGUGGCAGCAGGAUCGGGGCCAUUGUGACGGGAGAGGGAAGUGCUUGAAGGCCUGCAGACCUGUCUGGGCUGCCUGCCUGCUUGCUCCUUGCACCCGCUGGCACACCGCAAACUUCCCUCUCUGUAUUAUGUGGACAUGCAAGUGCGCUGCCAGGUGGUGGUGACUCAAGGGACAUGGGAAGGCUUGCUUGUACCACACGCAGGUGUGGUGUAGUGGUUAAGAGCGGUAGACUCGUAAUCUGGGGAACCGGGUUCGCGUCUCCGCUCCUCCACAUGCAGCUGCUGGGUGACCUUGGGCUAGUCACACUUCUGUGAAGUCUCUCAGCCCCACUCACCUCACAGAGUGUUUGUUGUGGGGGAGGAAGGGAAAGGAGAAUGUUAGCUGCUUUGAGACUCCUUCGGGUAGUGAUAAAGCGGGAUAUCAAAUCCAAACUCUUCUUCUUCUUCUUCUUCUUGCUUGCUGUGCCAUCCUGCUCACUUGUGCAGCUUCAGUUGCCCUCAUUGCUGUUGUCAUGUUGUGGCCAUGCAGACUGUGCCAUGACAACUUUCUCCUCUUAUACAGGAAGAUACCUGAUUGCCACAACCUGCUCUAUUCUUCACAGCGAUAUUUGAGUUGUGUGUGUUGCACUGGAGUUUCUGUUGAACUUCUGCCUGGAGAUGUGUAACAUGCUUAGAAAGCUUAGCCUAUCACUGUUACAUUUCUGUCUAGGAACAACAGGGGGGAAACCCAAACCUUUUGAAUAUUGUUGGUGUGUGUGUGUCCAUGCAUGUGUGGACACUUGUACAGUGGUACCUCAGGUUACAUACGCUUCAGGUUACAUACGCUUCAGGUUACAGACUCCGCUAAGCCAGAAAUAUUGCUUCGGGUUAAGAACUUUGCUUCAGGAUGAGAAGAGAAAUUGUGCUCCGGCGGCGCAGCAGCAGCAGGAGGCUCCAUUAGCUAAAGUGGUGCUUCAGGUUAAGAACAGUUUCAGGUUAAGUACGGACCUCCGGAACGAAUUAAGUACUUAACCCGAGGUACCACUGUAUUUAAAAACAGCCUCCUACUUGAAACACUUCCCAUUAAUGUUUGUUUGAAAUUUAGUCCGCAUUUGGGACAAACCGAACCUAGUUCUUUUGGGAAUGCAUGGUGUGAUAACUAUACAUAAACAUAUUGUGUAAUGGGAGGGUGCAAUCUGUAUAAGUUAUUGUGUAUGAAAUGAAACUAUGGUUCUUCACUUAAAAAUUAAAUGAUGUCACCCAUAAGGAAAACAAUCCUGUCGAGGGCAGCAUGAGACACUUUCAUUACUUUAUUUUGGAUCUAGAAUCUGUAAGCGGAUAUACCCAGAAUUUGAUGAAGUGCUCAGAAUGUCGGAAGAGAACAAAACGUGGGCAGUGCCAAGUGCUGAAAAGAAAUUUAUUUUUGUUGUUUUACCUCCUGGAGAUGCCGGUCACUGUGAGUUUCAAACUUUUGUAGUAAAAUUUCUUAAAUGCUGCACAAUAUCCAAUGCAUGCUUUAUUGCUGCAGAUUUAGAUUUAGCUGCUGGGUAGCAUAGGUAUAGGAUGUCUUCCACCUUGCAUGGUCUACUUAAAAAAAGAAUUUUGUCAUGGUUUACUGACACACAUUAAAUUCCCGAAGCAAGGCAGCAUGCGCUAAAACAGCUGAGGCACAGCAAAUCUACCUUCUUGCAUAAGAAGUGCCACCUACUCCAGCAGUUUUGCAUGCUAUCAGCCACCAGGUGCUGUGUAGACCUCACUUUAGUACCCACCCACCUAGGGCACAAUAUCCAUGAUGUACUUAACUGGGAUGGCUUGUCUCCCUUACUUGACCAAGCACAGAGCAACUUCAACAUUGCACCGAAGGCAAUUAGAUAUAUUACAAAAGUUUUUGGCUCAGCAGGCCAAAUCAUUAGCUGGCCCCACUCUCAUGGGGCAGGUGGGUCUGACAAUCUACCUCUCGGUCAGCUGACAUCAUUAUGACACCAGGCAAUUGACAGAUGGGUUGUUCCGCCCACCUGUCAGUAUCCCCUUGCAUAAGAGCUUUCCAUGCACCACACAGCCAGCUGGGAAUUGCAGCAAAAAGGACUUGGCCAGUCUGGCGCUUCUCAAAGCAGUGAGAAUAGGACUGCAUUCUGCAAGAAUUGGCUGAGUGAUUGACAACCCCGCAGGGACUGGUGCUGCCAGUCCUGCUGCAUCUCUUAUCUGUCUUGCACCUGGCAUUAGACAGGGGACAGGUGGUCAUGGUUUUGUGAAAACAGUCUCUUGGGCCAAAUUGGGACUUGUUCUGGGCCACAUUGGGUCUGUGGGCUGGAGGUUCCCCACCCCUGCCCUAGAGCUUUGUGAAACUUGUCUAGCCUAUCCUAAGUUUUUGAUAGGCCAGGGGUGGUCUGCCUCUUGGCCCAAGUGCCUCACACGCACUGGGAUGCCCACCCACUCUCGCUUACACACACAUACGCAGUGGGUGCGAUGGGAUAUAAAUGAUUUUCAUUGUAUUCCUUCCCUGUUGUUUGGUGCUGGCAAUCACACUUUCCCCAGACAGCCAAAGCCUUGUAAGUGGAGAUUUUUAUCUGCAUUGGAUUAGAAAUUGCAUGUGUGCUGUUUAAAUUGCUUUGGGAUGUUUCCUGGGAAAUGAUUCAUAAGUGAAAUAAUAAAUAGCUGUGUGGGCUGAGAGUAGCAGGGCUGUGAUGGGGAGAGCCAUUGACUGUGUACCUGCUUCCCUGACAGCUUUGCAAACACACUUGCCAGCUUGAUUGGGGGGGGGGGGUGAGUGCUGAGCAAUCCUCAGUGGCCACAGGGAAGGCAUGUGCAGGCUAUAGCACAGCCCAGGGGCUGCAGUAUUAUGGCUCCAAGCAGUCAGUAACCGGCAUUUUCACAGUGGACUGUAGUGGUUUUGGUUUCAGUUGCUUGCUCUGUAACCAGUUUCUGUCUUGUGUUGUUAUCAGAUUUGCAGUAUGCCAUUGAAGCUUUGCUUAAAAAUGGGCCAGGACUCCAAGAUCCUGAGCAGUCGCAAUUCAUUGCUUUCAGAAGGUAAUAAUUGUAAAAAUUGUAUUGGGAAGUUUUUUAAUGUUUGACACUUUAUUAUGUUUUUAUAUGUGUUGGAAGCCGCUCAGAGUGGCUGGGGCAAUCCAGCCAGAUGUUAUUUUUAUGUGUGCAGAUGUGGGCUAACUUUGACUGACCAUUGUAGAAAAGACAUUGCCCGUCUGUCAAACAUGGAGAAGCAAUUAGGAUUUGAUUGCAGAAUCACAGGCUUGCUUCCCCAGUUCCUUUGCAUGUGGAGUUCCUGGGCUGACUGUUUUCAAAACCCCAUUAGGAGUUAGCUCUGAUUAGUGCUGACAUAGUCACUAACACUAACUGAUGGUGGAGAUUGGAGGGGGUAUUCUUCUCACGAGAGGAGAAAAUGUGUUACCCUUGCAUCCUGGACCAUAAGUCUUGUCUGCACUACCCAAAUAGUUCACCCAAGUUUCAGACAGGGCAUUCCCCUACUUUGAGACGCUGGGCAUUGAACCUGGGACCUGUUGCAUGCAAUGCAGAUAUUUAUCACUGAGUUACAGCCCUUCCACAUUGCUGUCUUAACAAUGGUUAAGGAAAGAACGGCUUUAUAUCUGUACCUUACUGUAGUGCCUUCAGCGAAACUAGAAGAGGGUAAAUCAAAUGCUUGCUUUCUCUUUAUUUUCCAGUAUUCUCUUGAUUGGCACUAUAUAUCAUACUAUCAUGAUACACCAUCUCAUCUCUCUUUUCAUUAUGGUAUAUUGCAAGGAUUUUUGUGUGUGUCUGUAUAAAGCCAGUUUUUUAGAAUAUUUCCAUUGUGUUCUAGAGUAACGAAAAAAAGAGAGAGGACCUAGGGUAACCGUAUUUUUCACUCCAUAAGACGCACCUAGUUUUUAGAGGAGGAAAACAAGAAACAAGAAAGCAACGCAAAGCCUCUUGAGCGAAGAGGCAGGAGCGCUCCGGCUGCGCUCAAGAGGCUUUGCGUGGCUAUCCCUGAAGCCAGGAGAGCAAGAGGCAUCGGUGCACACCGAUCCCUCUUGCUCUCCUGGCUUCAGGGAUAGCUGCGCAGCCUGCAUUUGCUCCAUAAGACGCACACACAUUUCCCCUUACUUUUUAGGAGGGGAAAAGUGCGUCUUGUAGAGCGAAAAAUACGGUAAUUUCUGCGCAAGGACUGUUGAAUCUGCAGAGCUCGCAAUUGGUUCAGUUCUCCCAUAGACCAUAUGAAGUAAAUUCUCUUGAGAUGAGGCAAAACAGGAGUAGCGUUUCCUUAAGCAAUGCCCAAGUACACCCAGUUAUUCUUCCUAGGUCAGUGGAUGGUUGCCAUUCACUUUGGUGGAAAAAAAACCCAAGGUACUUGCAUUUGAGGACAAUGUUGCAUAAAUGGGGCAAAAGUUGUGUAUCACCUGAUACUGGCAGUAUGCAAAGAGGAAGGAGAGGUAUAGUGUAUUGUAUACAAUUCCUACAGUUAAUGGAUCUUUAUGUGUGCAUUGUAAACCUAUCAUUAUCAUAGGUGUAAGGUGUGGAUCACUGGUAUUUUCCAUUGGGCAGUGGUCUAUUCUUAGACCAUAAUAGCUUAAAUCAUAAACCAUUCUUGCUCCUAGAGCAUAUAUGUAUUUCUGUCAUUUAUUGUGAACAGAGAUAGCUACCCUUUCCUGUGACCAAUCAGCAGUUCUUCUGCUUCACUUACUGCCCUCUGAGCUUAUGAGACUCCUAAGACUGACUGUAGCAGCUCUUGAUAUCUUCUCUUAUUCUCACAGGACUCAAAGUACUCAAAGUAAGGAUAAAAACCCUUACUUCAGCUGUUUCAGCCUUUUCUUUGUGCCAGUGUUAAUUGUUUAAGUUCUUUUCUGUCUGAGCAAAUAACUCUGGAAGUGAUUUACUGGCAGGGAGCAAACGUUUGCUAUUUCACUGGCUGGUUAAAGACAGUACUUGGCUUCUAUUAUUCUAAAAAUACUUGGCUUCUAUUAUUCUAAAUCUAUUGUAUAAAAUUCACAAUUAAACUAAUAAAGUUUUUUCUUCUUAUCUUAGGAAGGACUGUGACAUCAUAAAUGAAAUCUGCUGUAAGCACUACUCAGGGCACACAACGCGGUAUGACAUUUUUGAAGAGCUUUCACUGUAUGAUGUUCAAGGUUAUCCCUAACCAGUUUGUUCUGUAAGGUGAGGUAAGGUAAGGUAAGGUAAAGGACCCCUUGACAGUUAAGUCCAGUCAAAGGUGACUAUGGGAUUGUGGCGUUCAUCUGACUUCAGGCCGAGGGAGCCAGCAUUUGUCCACAGACAGCUUUCCGGGUCAUGUGGCCAGCAUGACUAAACCACUUCUGGCGCAAUGGGACACCAUAACAAGUGCUGGAGCACUUACAAUAUGGCUGUGUUCACCCCUUGCAUGGACUUAGGACAUCACUCCAGUGCUGUACCAUGGGAGUCCCACUCACAACUGCAGUGUUUCUCGCUGUGUGAAAAGGUCCUUAUUUCUAGUUCUUUGUGUACUAGCAGACAUUUGUAAAGUCCAGAAUCCAUGAGUUUGCUAGCUUAUUGACAUGAGAACAUUGUUUUUAAAAUUGGGAUGUGCUUGGUUUUUUUUAUUGUUUUUAACUGCGUUCAUAAUAAACUGGAACGAAAACCUAAGAAAUAUGCUGUUUUAUUGUUUUCCCGGGAGGUACACUUUUUUUUUAAAGCUUAGCUUUAAUUGAUGCAGCAAAGCUGGCAAAUCUAUUAGCAAACCUCCCAACAUCCUUUCUUGCGUGUUCUUUAUCAAAGCCAGGAAAAUUACUUUGGGGAGUUGUUGGGCAGUCAUUAAUGCCAUAGCCGAAAGAGCGACUUGUUGAAACUUUAAUUUAAUUUAGACCUCUGCUUCAAUUUGAUUCAGAAACCAUAAAAAUCGGCUGCAAUUUAGGCUUGGUGACAAAAUCUGUUCCACAAGGAAUGCGUAUAUGAAAGAUCUUAUCGCAAUGGACUCCGUUACUUGCACAAAGAAUGUUAAAGGCGCUGGGAGUUCUGAUCCUUGCACUUGCAACGUCUGCUCAAGAAGGGAAGCUCGUCUCUCGGGUCGUGAUGCUGAUGCUGAUGAUGACCGUAAUAACAAUUACGAUGAUAGGCGGUUGUGCAAUGGAGAAAUAUUCUUCAUUAAAGAGGCAAGUACGCUGUAGAAUGAUCAAUGGAUUUCGGAACUCUUCCUGGAAGGAAGAGGCAUUUCCCCCCGCCUUCCAGGUCACACAUGAAAAGGCAGCUGCCUCCUUUCUUAGUCUGCAUCUAUAUUUGGUUGCUCAAAGAUCUCGGAGUCACAGUAGCAGAAAUUGUGGCAUUACAGUGGCCUGGUUUGCACGUUGUGGGACUAUGCAAAUGUGUACAUUCCCAGGAAGGAGUUUGCAACCUUUUGGCUCCUGUGUUCUCUUUUAUUCCCACCCCGUGCUGAAUUCUUGUGUCAUCCAAACCGGGACUUGUGGUUAAGCUACCUUUUCACUAGCCACAAGCUAUAGCCAAGGUUUGUUGUCCGAUAACAUGCCUAUGUAAUUCUUGUCCGGGGAAGUUAUUUGUUAUGGUUAUUAUUUUUUGCUUUAAAGAAACCAAGCAGUAAAAUCAAGCUUAAUCAAGAUUAAUUGCAGUCAACCUCUAAACCAGGACAGAGACGCAAUGUACUGUACCUCAUUAUCAUAGAUAGGUGUAAAAAGGGGCAAUUGCUGAUAUUAAGUCAUGGGGUUUUCUUUAUGGAAGAUCCUCUGCGUCUGUGAUAGCCUUGCUAUCAAAUCUAAUUGGCACUAUGAUGCUAUGUGAGUAUCCACUGGCUCAAAUCUUCAAUUGAUCCAAUAGUUGUUUAGUGGCAGAAAAAAACUUGUCAUCAGCCUGCUUUUAGAAACUUAAAAAUAAAUAAAUCUCUGUGCCUGAUUCUCAGGUAAGGAGGCAACACUUAAAUGGAAGGAGGCAGGUGAACUGGAAAACUUAACACAUCUAAGUAAAAUGAGAUGUGUGGCUUCAAAGUACAGGAGGAUCAGGCAAUUCUCAGAUGGGGCUUAAUCUCUGCAUCUGUGUUGUAAUCAGGAGAAUGUCACGGCUGGGUUCCUAGUGGAAGGACUGCUUGAAGGUAAAGGACCCAGCUGGCAAAUCGAUGCUGUACUGAAAAGCAGUGAAAUUGCAUAUUCUGUUUAUAGGAUAAGGAAGUCGAUGGUCGCCGUUUCCUGACUAUUGGCAUAACUGAUGGACCUGAGUAUGUCAUGCAUUACAAAGCCCUCCAGAAACACUCUAAGAUCAAGCAUGCCUGGGCCAGAACUAUUCACACAUUUCAGGUAAGCUGUGGGGUCAUUGCUGAAAUACCAUAAUUCAAAACAGCAGCAUUUAUUUCUCAAAACUAUCACAUCUGUGAGAUGGAGUUUAACUCUUCAGCUUAGAGGAUUGUGGUAGAAAGAAGCUUCGAUGAGAGCCAUCACGUUGUCCUGGCCUUGCUGCAACAUAAACUUGAGAAGUCAGCAUCCACAGUAGAAAGCAACUUUUGAAGUCUAGAACGAGGUGUGUGCCUGCCAGUGUGGAAAAGUAAGAAGCCAAGGAAGAGGCAAGAUCUGACCACAUGAUUCAGAAACUUAACUUGUGCCUAUAUAGGAAUUAGACAGAAAUAAUUUUACUUUAGUCCUGUCUAUUUUUGUUUGUUGCUUCUGAGGUAGAAAUUACAGGCGAUGCCAAUGGCUUUAUUUAAUAUUGUAAAGGAAAAAAUGAAAACUUGAAGCAUUUAGACUCCUUAAUUUAUUGUAAAACUGUUAGAGCUGGAUUUUGACUUAGCUAUGUUAGAGUAACAAGUGGGAUUUAAAUUAGUCCUUAUUAACUAACACCCUAUUUCAGUGAACCUUCUCUCUACAUGGCUAAAUCUGGACCCAACCAUAAGCAUUUUUUAAACAGUUUAAUUCAAGAGCUCUUUCUCAAUAUAAUUUUCAGGGUUCUGAGGAAAAUACUAUUGUAUAUGUUGUUGGCGAUACACCUCGCCAGAAUUGGCAACAUGUAUACACAGCUAUCACUAGAGGACGUUGCCGAGUCUAUAUUAUUGCUGAAGAAGACAAACUCCAAGCGGUCAUUAAGAAAAAGAGUUUCCACAGGAAAACACAUUUAAAAGCGUUCAUGAAAGAUGCACAUUCCGAGCAAACAUCACCUCAGAAGAUCUGGCAGAGUCAGCAAGAGAAUGACACGUGUGACUUUGCUUCUCAUUCUGGAAAUAAUCAAGGGGAACCUGCCGUUUCUCUUAAAAUGGAAGUUGACGAUGCAGCUGUUGAACCGGCUGGUACUGCAGAGGAAACUUCGGGUGGACUCAAAAGGCAAUCUACAUUUCAAGAUGAUUGCUCAAGUCCUUCGAAAGUAUGUUUGGUAAGAAGCAUUUAUCAGUAGAUAAGAUACUGUACAUAUCGUAUUUUUCGCCCUAUAGGACGCACCGUCCCAUAAGGCGCACCUAGUUUUUUUUGGGGGGGGAAUAAAGGGGGGGAAAUUUAUUCCCCAGCUGCGGGCUGGGGCGGGGAAGCCCGAGCUCCCGACCCCAGCCCCCAGAACAGGCAGCUCUCCGCAGGCCGCGGGAGCCCGGUGCAGGCUCCCACGGCUUGCGGAGAUAUGCGCGAAGCCUGGAGAGCAAGAGGGGUCGGUGCGCACCGACCCCUCUCGCUCUCCAGGCUUCAGCGAAAGCCUGCAUUCGCCCCAUAGGACGCACACACAUUUCCCCUUCAUUUUUGGAGGGGAAAAAGUGCGUCCUAUGGGGCGAAAAAUACAGUAAUAUUUUAUGCGGUGCGUUUAUUUUCACUUGUAAGAAUGCGUACCAAUUACGCAAAUUAUAGUGAUGGCCACCAGCUUAAACAGCUUUAAAAGGGGAUUUGGGGAACUGAUAGAAGGCUAAGGCUAGCAGUCGCUACUAGAUGGCUGUGUACUGCUCUCGGAGGCAGUAUGCCUCUGAAUAAGCAUUUGCUGUGGAACUUUGAGAACUGGAUAUUGGACAAGGUAGGCCUUUGGUCUGCUACAGCAGAGCUUUUAAACUGAAUUUAUCUGGCCUCCUGUCAAAGCACUGACUAGGAUUACUGCUACGCAUUGGUGGAUGAGGGAUACGAUAAAGCCCAGCGAGAAAAUUGCACUUUUAAGGGACCACGUCUUUUUGUAAAUGCCAUGUGGAGUAGUGGGUAUGGCUCUGGUCAUGAGAGAAACAGAAUUGAAUACUUACAGCUUGAGCAGCUCCCGGGUCCUUAGCAAGCAGAUGAUGCUUUAAGGUUGACACCCACAGUUCUGUGCAGGUGGCAAUAUGGGAGAGUGUGGUAAAGCACAUUCUCCCUCAUCCCUAAGGCAUCCACAUAAGACCCUUAACCAGAAACCUGCAUAGACCUUACAUAUCCCACCUUGGAAUACCUUGCACACCAAACAGAGGCUGGGACAUGGUUACCACCCAUAAAGGUUCCUUCUCAUUUGGUGGCAGUGUGCAGCUAGAGACCACACCUUUGACAAAUAGUGCCCGCCAUAGAUUUUCACAGUCUACAAAGUGCGCAGUGUAAAUGCUCCUGUUAUAUAGUGUCCGAAGCCCAGGCUACUGCUCAUGUUAGCGUAUUCUUUCUGCCCUUACUUAAAGCGAUACUCCCCACCCCACCCCCCACUAUAAGCUUGGCCAACAACCAAUGUUGUUUCCCCCGUUUUUGCUGUUUUGCAGGUAAAAGAAAAUACCUCCCCGCUUGCAACUACCAAACUUCAAAGCUUGACACUGAAGAGUCCACAUGCCAAGCAGCUUUUCCCACCCUAG